AAUGGUUUAGCUCACGCGAUGGAGAGCCGCGAGCACCGCCACGGCAGCAUCGCCAAGCAGACCAUCCUGACCACGCAUCCCAGCGGGCUGCAGACGAGGGUAUCGGUGGAACUGGCGAAUUUCGAUCUGUGCCUGCACACGGAAUGCAAGAAGCCGUGGGACAGAAGGUUACUAGGGGGGGUUUCCGCGAAUGUGACGCCAGUGCUUGGGAGGAGAAGCGAUGCGCUGAACGAUAUAGACAGUCCUCUGAGCAGGAGACUCCUAGGGGGGGUUUCCGCGAAUGUGACUCCGGUGUUAGGACGCAGAAGUGAUGCGGUCAAUGAGGGGAGGAUGUCGCAGCAGUGUACGCCUGUCAUGAGGAGGCGGGAGGUGGACAGUCCUGGGGGUUCCCCUCUCCCCACCAGGAGAGACCUUCAAGAUGAGGAGUGCUAUGACGUGGACAAUAGUGUGAUGAGUGGCUGGCUCAAAUUCCGAGAUAACAAACGGUGGAAGUCGCGAUGGGGAGUGGUGACGAAACUCUCGCCAGCUGCAGAUUGCCUUCAUCUGCAGCUGUACCGGGACCCGAAGGAUCGCUACAAGAAAGGGCAAACAAAGGCUUCCCUCUCCCUCCAACACUUCCUGGGCUUUGAGUCUGGAUUCACCCUGGACAAGGAGUCGAACACCAUCGCCAUAAUAUGCCAAGACGUGAUAGUGGUAUUGGCCUUCGAAACCAGAGAGAGGCUCAUAGCGUGGCAGGUCAAAGUGGGGGGACAGUUGGGGACGUCAAAGGAGUACCUGGUGAUGGUGGGUGGUGGGGGGUCCAAGAAGCUGCCCGCCGGACCGGCCAGGCUACACCUGCAGGGGAAGAGGUUCGCCAUGACCAACGGAGUGCCACCUCGCCUUCUGGGAUUGUGGGAGAUUGCACAUCUAAGACGAUACGGCGUAGUGGAGGGGAGGUUUUGCUUCGAAGGAGGUUCACAUUGUGGUAAAGGGGAAGGCCUGCAUAUGCUGAUCACCGACCAGGCUAAAGAUAUCACUGAAGCUUUCGAUCAAGCCGCACAAGGGAGUCUCACGCAACAACGGACUAAGUCUAACGUUGGUUCAAAGUCUCGACCACAUACGAGGCUAUCAGACUUCAACACUACCGACCAUUCGAUGCAGGAUACAGCUAGUGCUUUAUACGAAGACAAUUACUUUGGGGAGAGUUGUGGAAAAACAUCACCAUACUGGCCGUCCGACGAGCGACGAGAGUUUGAAGAGACUGAGUAUAGACCUGAUAUAGAAAUGAACACACCGUGGAAUGACGCAGACCAUGUGACAUUAGAGAGAUGCAGCACCUGUCUUACCAAAUUGGGUGCAACAACACGAUCGUCUACUGUUGAAAUAAAUCCAAGUAACCAUUUCAAUCCGGCCUGGACGAUGGAGGCUGUUCCUGAAAGCUCGUCAGAUAAUUCAUCAGGCAGCGCUGAUUAUCUCACACCUAGGGAGGUGAAGAGUAGUUGCAAGUCAUGCCAAUGCAAAGAUCAACCACCUGUAAGACCACCCAAGCCAGCACGCCUAGAUCAAAAGAAACCCCCAGCACCUUUGCCUGCGUCGAGUUGUAGCUGCAGAGCAAACGAAAUAUCAAAUAACAAUCCUAAAGUUGGCCCUUAUGAAAAUUAUGACGUCCCAAAAGUACCACAUGCAGAGGUAAAUAACACGGAGUAUUAUGAUACACCGAAAAGCAUUCGGAAGGCUGUAAAAGAAGAUCUUUUUGAAGUUACUAAAAGUUCGACACCAGGAUCAUAUGUGUUAAAAAAAUCCUGUGGAUGUGUAUUGAAAUUUGGUUCCAAGAAGAAAAAACCACUUAUAGUAGAAUGUGAAGAAAAUUUGCAGCCAGUUGAAUGUCCUUGUGUAAAAGUGACAAAUUGGGCUAAUAACCUAAUUAGUUUACCGUACUGUAAAAGGAGUACUAGUCCAGAAAAAGUUAGCUCAGAAACGAAUUGCGAUAAAACGGAAGAUAAUGCCCUAUACGCUACUGUCGAUGUAUCCAGAAAAACUAAAAGACAAAGUACAAAUACAGACACAGACAGAUCUCAAGACUCUAAUGACUCAUUUACUAAUUACCAGAAUGUGGAACCAAAGGUCGAAACAGAGUUUGAAGGCCCGUAUGCAAAUUAUGAAAAUCUUGAAUUUGCUUUAUCACUAGAAUUUUAUGAGAAUGCAAAAGGAUUGCUAAAGAAAGCUGGUGUUACUCAAAGUGAGCUGGAUGCACUCAGUGCAAAUGUCGAUAAGGCUGUUAUAACGUUACCAAGAAACACCUGCAAGAAAUGUUGCUGUACUAAGCAUUCAGCACAAAGUAUGUUACAAGGAAAAAAUAAGAGCGACGAAUAUUUACUUAUGGAACCACCAAAAGACGUCAGGUGUGAAAUGGUGCAACAGAAAGUUGGAACGAAUCCAGGUUACACCCCAAUGUCUCCAAAUCCAAAUUGGUCUCAAAGCUUAAAACAUCCGGUAAAUAGGUUACACAGAGCCGAAAUAGAAAAAUCCCUAAGUAUCCCUUCACUUAAUAAUCGACAAAGAAGUCAAAAUACAGAUUGUGCCACAUCCCUUAAGGAGCUGCUUCAAAAACGAUCUAGUUCGGUAGAUUCCGGUAGACUUCUAGAAGACUUGAAGGAAUUCGACAGCAGUGUAGGAAGUCAUGCGACAUCAUCCUCUCUAGAGACACUGAGGAACUUAGCAUUAGAAAAUAGACUAGCGUCACCGUGCGAUCACGACCGCGAAUGUUAUGACUGCUGCAAAUCGUCAGGAUCUGAAAACAAAACAUCCGAAGAAAGUUCUUCGAAGGAUGUCCCUCAUUUACGGAACAAGCAUAUGGAUAAUGCGGCUAUAAAAAGGUCGUCUAGUGUUCCCUGCAAAGGUGGAAAUAGAGAUUCCUCAAGCUCCAACGACUCGGGUGUUUCGAGCUGCUCAUUGAAGCACGGCGGAGGUGAAUUCCAAGAAUUCGAAAUGCCACUAACGUCAGGUCAAUCGAGGCACCAUUAUAUGGCCCAGAGACGAAUGCGAGGCAGUUUCUCAGGGUCCAUCCACACUUCGUUACCGAGGAAGUCCAAAUCUUCUGAUCCGUUGCGAGACUUGCCCAUGCAGAUACACAAGAGUCACGUUCAUGCGAAAUCUAGUUCGGCGGAGGCUGAGGUACCUGUGCUGCCGCCCAAGCAGUUUAAAGGAGUGAUCGACACGCACAGCACGUCGUCGGGCACGUCGGACAUGUCGGACUACAUCGAGACGCUGUCCCUGACCUCCUCACACUCCUCCUCUGACACAACUGGAGCGAUCAGAAUUCACCGACAGCCGACCAACACUCUGCGGCCUCGUUCGGGCAAGGAGUACCAAAACCUGGACCCUAUUAUAACUUCCAUGUACAAAAACGGGAAGGACCUGUCCAACUACACCAACCUUCCUUAAGUCGACCCUAUUAUUAUAACUUGUAUAGAUCGAAAAUAUUUGUUAUAAAAUUUUUUGGAAUCGUUUAUAGUUUUUAUUACUGAGAGCUGAUACUUAUGGCACAAAACUGAAAAUACUGGCCAGUUUGAUCUAUA